AAGGAAGUGUUAGUGAGUUAGCGGUUCUUCAGACAAGAAGGAAUCGAGUGAAAUAGAGGCUGAAGAGUUCCUGGGGAAAGUAAGACCGCAUUUGUGUAAUGGCUACUUCAAUAAGGUCUGUAUACAAAGUCCUCAACGCGGCCUAUUGUUGUUUUCCUCGGACCUUCAGCGUCGACCCUCAGGAACGUUACGAGGAGUCGUUCAAUAAAGUAUUUCCAGUCACAUUAUCGCUUAAAAAUAGUUUAGUUCUAAUGGAGAUUACUGUGUCAGAACCCAACUUUACCCCACACAUAUCAACGCUGGAUUCGUCGUCUAUGUGCCAGAAAGCUGCCAAUGAAUGUGGUUGACUUCUCUAAUUAUAUCUUUAAAAGAAAGACACAGUAAGCAGCCCCAGAGAGGUAAUUUGCGAUCUCUUACCUUCACUUCGUCCCGUUUCAUUUAAUGCCGCCGUGCAAUGGCACACAUUCAACACAAACUCUGUUUCCUGGUUCUACUACACAAAUCAAACACAACCUGCCGAUACCAAAUGUGUAUUGUUUAAUCCUGUAGCUAAAGCUAUAUUUAAGGGUCUAAUAUCAACCUCUAAAACGUCAAAUUAACAGUAUAUAUAAUUAUUAUCCUUGCCGUAAUAACCAAGAGUUCCAGAUUCUCUCAGCAGGAGGGUGAAUUUGAUCUGAUUGCUCCGUAUUUCCUGAUGCUUAAUACUUUCUAACGAUCGUUACUGAAUUGACUGCAGACAAGCAUUGGCGAUUCAAUUAUUUUAGAUAUUUUCUAUUAAACAUAAACGUCAGCCAGAACAAAUAGUUUCAACUGAAUCAUUAAAAGGCCUGGAGAACAAGUAGUAUUUUUUAACAUUGCAUCAAAAAUUACUUCAUUUUUUAUUUCCCCGUGUACAUAAAUCAUAUGCUGUCAUAUUCUCUCGAAGUCCUCGGAAAUGGCCACAUUUCACAGGUUAUUUCCAUUUGCCCCAAUCUUGAAAGCAUCUAAACUCCCCUUUAAGGCUGUGGGUCUCUGGGAUUUAAACCAAUGGCACGACUCGGUGUUCUGCAGGAAAGACCUGUGACAUGUGAGGCGGCGGGUCUUUAAAGGGCUGCUCUGCCCACCUCGCGAGCCCGAUCUCGUAGGACUUGUUAGCAUAUCACGUGCUAGAUCCUUAAUGAAGUGGACAUACGAGGGUCUCGCGUGCGCAUGCGCGUUGUGUAAAAUGUAGUUGGAAAUGAGGUGUCCGUCUUGGAGUAGUCGACUUUUAAAAAGCAUCGGCAGCCCCUGAUAUGACGACUUCGCUGGUUCUGCAUCCACGCUGGGCGGACACCUUGAUGUACGUUUAUGAAAAAAGCCCGAAUGAAAACAACCAGAAUAAAAGCCAAACAAUGGAGGGACUGAGCGGUAAUUGCCCUGCGACCCACUGCCGGGACCUGAUGUCGCACCCGGCACUGGGACGACAUUCUGGCACCAUUGCGACCCACCAGGGCUCCGUCUACUCGGAUAUUUCCUCUGCGGACACCGGCCGGCAGUGUCCGGCUCCUCAAUCGUCGUCCAGUGCAUCGUUGAGCUACGGUUAUCCUUUCGGAAACCCGUAUUACGGCUGUCGGUUAUCUCAUUCGCACAACGUGAACUUGCAGCAGAAGCCUUGCGCCUACCACCCGGCAGAGAAAUAUGCCGAGCCCAGCACCGCGCUGCCCGCGGAGGAACUGUCUACCAGGGCGAAAGAGUUCGCCUUCUACCCGAGUUUCGCCGGUUCAUAUCAGGCUGUGCCCGGUUACCUCGACAUGUCGGUGGUGCCCAGUAUCAGUGGCCACCCGGAACCGAGGCACGACGCCUUGAUCCCCAUGGAAGGCUACCAGCACUGGGCUCUGUCCAAUGGCUGGGAUGGGCAGGUGUACUGCUCCAAGGAGCAAACGCAGUCAACUCAUCUCUGGAAAUCACCUUUUCCAGAUGUUGUGCCACUGCAGCCUGAGGUAAGCAGUUACCGACGUGGGCGUAAGAAACGUGUCCCUUACACAAAGAUCCAGCUGAAGGAGCUGGAGAAAGAGUAUGCGGCCAGCAAGUUCAUCACCAAAGACAAGAGAAGGCGCAUCUCGGCCGGCACCAACCUCUCAGAGCGCCAAGUCACCAUCUGGUUCCAAAACCGGCGAGUAAAGGAGAAGAAAUUUGUCAGUAAAUCCAAAAGCAAUCAUAUGCACACCGCUUGAUGAGGUCAUCAAGCUCUCUUGAAACUGCGACUCGUGACUUCAAAGGCAUGAUGCCAUGUAUUUCGUCGUGCAUCUCAAAUCAUGGCUGAAGAACAUCUUGGCAUUAUUUAACCUCCUUCCUCUACAUUGACCGUGCCACCGCAUCCCCUGUUUUUCAAGUUGGAGAUGAUGCUCUAAAAACUGUGAAAAUAUUGAAAAUUCACUUCACAUUUGUUUUAUGAUUGUACAUAUAUAAAUAUAUAAUAUUUAAAGCCGUAUCUGUAUUUCAAAGACAAGUAUUGCGUCUAUGUCUUGUUUUUUUUAUUUCUUUUUUUUUUUUCGUUUAAGCCAAACCACAACGGGACUGAUUACAUUUCAAUGACUUAAACAGGCAGCCAAUCAAAUCCGGAGAGACUUGUUUGAUGCCAUUUCAGAAAGGUAAUGACCACAUGGACAUCAUUUGUGGCAUAAUGACACGUUGACCUUAAAACUUCUCCAAGAAAAAGCUCACAGAGGACUAUCAAGAGGAAGAAAAUGUUUUUUCCUUCUGAGUUUUAAAAGCUAUCUUCCCGUGUGGGACAUGUUCUCUUAAGCCAGGGGUAAAACCAAACAGCUCCUAUAUGUUGAUAAUCUGUACAGUGCAAUGCGUUUUUAUUUAAUUCAUAUUAUCUAGUAUAUAUGGCUAAACUGUAAACUGGAAUAUCCCAAGACCUGUAUGUUUUCCUUCGCCAGUGGAGGAUUCUGUCUUGCAAAUGGAAUGAUUGUAAACCAUUAAAGAUCAGUGAGUAAUACACAUAAAUGC